GGAAUAUGUAGGAACAAUGGUCAAAGGUUUAUCUAGGCAUUUGCUUGACUGAUAAGACAGAAAACCUGUCCUGAAACACGUAACCAGAAAAUGUUGUCAAUAUUGCUUGUCCUAGUUAGUAUUGUUCAAACGACAGUUUCAACAACAACUCACCACCCACACCAUGGCAUUAAUGAGGGAUUGUCUUUCCACUACGAUGCUGAAACACACAUUAUGGCGUUGAAGACUCACGGCCAUUGUUACCUGUACGUGCUGACGGCCCACCAACAGCACAGCGUGCACACGUCCACGGGUCUGCACGCAAUUGAGAAAACAAUGAUAGAUCUGGUGGACUCCCAUGGAAGCUUUGUGCAUUUCUCCGCUCAGGAACUCAACCUGUUGAGUCACGGACUCGGCCAUUUCUGUGCUCACGCUACCGUAUUGAGAAUCAACUGAUUGUGAUAUUGAAGGGAACUGAUUAUUGUCUUUUUUUGUAAAGCUAGAAAUAAAAACUGAUCUAAAAAUAAUACAAGAUAUA